CCCAGCUUUCUAUAAUUUUUUUUAAAAAAAAAAUAGCAAUUCAAAAUGGGAAAUCAAAGUGAAAUAACACAAACCCUUCCUACAAAUUUAAAUAUAUAUGAAGCUGCACUUAAGGGAGAUAAAAAUUACUUGGUCGAGUUGCUAAAAAAAGAUGAAUUAGCUCUCGAUCGAUGCAUCAUUGAAAAAUCAUGCACCUACAUGCAAUCUCCAUUACAUAUAGCCGUUGAAAUGAAUCACUUAGAUUUCGUUAAACAAAUUCUAGAGAGAAAGCCGAAACUAGCAGAGGUGGUUGAUCAAAUGAAAAGAUCAACCCCACUACACAUUGCAGCUGCAACAAAAGGGUCGUUAGAGAUUGUCAAGAAGUUGCUCGAAGUGAAACCGAACAUGUGUUUCGUGCACGAUCAAGAUGGAAUGACACCCCUUCAUGUCGCGGCAGUAAAUGGGAACACUGAUGUGCUUGAAGAGUUUCUCAAGAAGAAGCGUCAGGCUGCUUUGGAACGAACUACGAGAGGUGAAACGAUUUUACAUUUGUGCGUGAAAAAUUGUCAGCUAAAGACAUUAAAAGCAUUGGUUGAAAUUACGUAUGAUCUUGAGUUACUAAACUCCCAGGAUAGUGAUGGCAAUACUGUCUUGCACCUUGCUGUGGCUUACAAAGAAAAAGAGAUGGUAAGAUUUCUAAUAGAGCAAGGCGACAAUAUAGAUAAAAAUGUUAUGAACAAGAAAGACAAGACAAUUAGGGAUGUUUUUGACCUUACAAAAAACAAGAAAGAUUCUAAGGUUAAAAAAGCUCAUGAGAAUAAAUUAAAACUAUGUUGUUGGUAUAAUAAUCUUUUAGGAAAAAAGGGGAGAAAUAAAGAGGAUGAAGAGGAAAAAUUACCAAACAGUGAAGAUGAACAAUUGCGAGAAGCUAAUGAGGAAAUUAAGGACAUGCUUAAAAAGAACAAUACAAUACGAGCUGAAAAGGUGCUGAAACGCAGCAAAGACGAAAAAUGGUUGGAGGAGCAGAACACAGCUCUAAUGGUUGUGGCAUCUUGUAUUGCAACCUUGUCGUUCCAAGUCGGAAUUAAUCCGCCUGGAAGCGUUUGGCAGGAUAAUAGUGAUGGUCAUGAGGCAGGCACUUCCAUAAUGUCAUACGAUAAAGAUGUAGGUUUAUACAAUGUCGUACAAGUUAGCAACACUAUUGGGCUCAUGUCAUCGCUAAGUGUCAUCCUUCUCCUUAUUAGCGGCCUUCCUUGCAAGCGACAUUUUGUGUUCAUCUUGAGGGUUACUUUGUGGAUUGCUGUAACUGCGAGUGCAGCAACUUACUUUUUCACGAUAGGGUACCUUACAAAUGAGCUUUGGGACAAAGCUGCCUUAGUUGAAGCUAUGGAGUAUUCCGUCGAGAUCUGGCUAUGGCUCAUGUUAGUGAUACUCUUUGGACAUGGUCUGCGCUUCAUAUGGAUGUGUCUUGGUUAUAAGUUGAGGUCAAAAGUUAAAAAAGCUUUGGGAACUGAAGACUCAUGUUAAUAUGUUUAAUUCAUUAAUCACCUUAGUCCAAUAAGGCAUGCUUAGUUAUAAAAUAAAAUGUACCAUUAUGUGGGUUUUCAUAUAGAAUUCACAAUGUAAUAGGUCAUAAAAUGUUUAAUGUGUGUUUUCAUACUUGGUCAUAAAAUGAAUCAUUCGUGUUUGGGACGGUUUACAUAAUCUUGCAAUUGCAACCUUGGAGAUUUUUAUUCACUUUGUACAAGUAUUGCUCUUUUUUGCAUUUUACAAAGAUAUAUCACUUUCUUAUUUUACCCUGAGUUCAGUAGCCCCAUAUAUUUCUUAUAUGAUCGCAAUAUAGUAUAUACGGAGAAGUAGGUUAUAGUGGUAACAAUGACAGCAAUGUCAAGUGGCAGCAGCAUGCAUGAUAACAAUUAUAAUUACAAUAAUCUAGGCCAUGUUGAAGGUUCUUCCCUGCAACAAAAAACCAAUGCAUUACACAUUUGAUUUGGGUUAAUUAGCUGAUAUUAAAAGUAUGGGAAGGGGGAAUGUAGGGACCG